AUGUUUUAUAAUCAAACUUUCUUAAAACUAAUUUUUGUUCUUAGUUUGGGUAUCUCACUAGAAGCAAAGCUGUCAUUAGAUAACAAAAGUGAAGACUUGUUAAAAUCUCCUGUUAAAAACAUAAUUUUAUCACUGUUUCACUCAAACACGCUUUGUAUUUGGUCAGAUGAUGAAUCAAAUCAUACGAUAAACCAUCAUUUGGAACAUAUCAUUCCACCACAGAAAUAUUCUUUUAUACAUUUUAAUCACAGAACAAAGUUAAUUACUGCCAAACAGUGUUAUGAUAAUCUCAUAUUAAACUUAGCUUUUCCCAAUGACAAGCACUUUUUCUACGACAGGAUUCCAUCAACUAAACACAGGUUUCUUAUAAUCGAUGAAGCCAAUUUUAUUAAGAGGACAAACAAUACUGAUCCUGAAGCAUUUAACAGUUUUGGGCGAGGUAAAGUGAUGCUUAUACAAAACUUGCAAGUGUUCAAACUGACGUCUCAUUACUUUACUCCAAGAGUUUUUCAAAAAGUAAAUUCUUCUGGUGACAGUCUAGAGCCAACUACAUUCAAUGUGCAACGAAGAACUUUGAGAGUGGCUACCUUUAACUGUUCUUUGUUUUCUAUUCUACCAGAAUAUUCAAAUUCAGCUGUGUAUGAUGGCAUUGAAAUGAAGAUGGUGCAAGAGGCCGCUCAGAAGUUGAACUUUACAUGGAAACUUGUAAGUCUGAAAGGGAAUGGUAAAUGGGGUGUUAUGCUGCCCAAUGGUACUUGGAAGGGAGGUGUGUUCGGAGCUCUGCAAGACGCGGAAGCUGAUGUUGGGUUUUGUAAUAUCUGGAAUGUCCUUAUACAUGACCACAUUGUGGAGUAUACGCCGCAAUGGAACAUGGCCUACUAUACAUACAUGGUACCAAAACCAAAACCAAUGCACAAUUUCUGGAUAAUAAUCAGACACUUGGUUGAAAAACCUGUCUGGAUUAUUCUUUUUUCUAUAUUUACUCUGGUUUAUUUCGUUGUUUGGUAUUCCACAAAGAGCAACAUAAAUAAUACUAAUUUCUCAGGUGCAAUCAAGAUCAUCCUAACAUUAGUUGGAAUUUUGAUUGCUUCGACAUCUCAUGUUCCCUCAUCGGUCAGAUUUGUCCACCACAUCAUCAUCAGCUGGUCUAUCUUGGGUUUCUUUAUCUGCUCAAUCUUCAGCAACACCAUCCUUUCUCGUUUAAUGGUUGCACAGUAUUCCUCCAUGGUGAAUUCUGUAGAAGAUAUUGUACAUGGGAACUUCUAUUGGGGAUUCCCUGGAUAUGACAACCAGAGUCAGAGAGAAGCCUACUUCAACCUGCAGGAUCCUUGGCAAAGAAGGCUGGAGGGUCAAUACCAAAACAUAACAAGCAACACUAGCAGAGAUGCACUACAUUCUGGGAAUUUUGUGUUCCCUAUACAAAAACUUGGCCAUGAAUACGCCUUUUUAGACAUUGAUGGCCUUAAACCAUCUGAUCUCAAAGGCUUCAGAGUAAUGAAACAGACAUUGAAUCAAUUCUAUGUAUCUGUUGUUUUUAGUCGCUACUCCAUGUAUCUAGAGGUAUUUUACGAAGUUCUUCGUCGGUUCUUGGAAAUGGGUCUUGUUAUACACUGGAAAAGAGAUGUGAUACUUCACUAUGGACUCCCUGAAAUACAAGUGCUAGUGUAUGAAUUUCCUACCGAAGCUGUCAUGGAUGAGUUUAAGCCUUUAACCUUCAGCAAUACCUUGGUUGGAUUUAAUAUUCUUGUUGCCGGCUGGUUUUUGGCAGUUGUGGUAUUUGUAUUUGAACUUUUCAAUCGAUAGUUUUAUAAUGCUCAAGAUUAAUUUGUGCGCAUUUUGUUUCUCUAUGAGUUAUGUAGUGUGGUCAUCCAACUGGGAAACUGAGAAUAAGCCGAGGCUCUCCCUAUAGAACUAAAAAAGUCUCAAAAUCAUAUUUCUGUCUCUAAAAACUUAUGAAAUCAAGAACUAAUUUAAAUAUGAAAUCAAGAACUAAUUUGACAUCUGCUGAAUCAAGAGUUAAUUUAUCCCAAACAUAGUAUUUUAUGCAAAGUGAAUUGAAUUGAAACUGUGAAAGAAGAUUGACAACGUGUGGGUAACGAUGUGGCCGAACUGUUUACAGAGUUUGUAGAGACCGUGUUUACAGUCAAAGAUUAACGUCAGUCGACAGAUGAUUCCAGUUUAGUUUGUAAAUUGCUCCUCACACACAAUCUAAUUGUUCAUUAGAUUAAGAGGCAACAAAGAAAGUGAGGUUAUUGUUUAAUAUUACGGUCCCAUUUAAACCUUGACUGAUAGAAUAUUGUUGCCAGUCCACAAACACCCGAAUUCCCCAUAAACGUCAGUUUUUGUUGUCAUAGUGGCACUGACUGAUUGAAGGCUGGUGGAAAUCCCAUUUCUGCAAUCAGAUAUUGGUCUGAACAACUUCCCCACACGUGACGAAUUGGUCAGACAAUACAAACUUUUCUAACCAACCAUUACGUUUAAGAGGAGCCUUACACCAUGUUGUUUCAUAGUCCAUAACUACAAUCUAACAUCUAUUAGGAAGUGGUAGACAAAAAAUUGAAAUGGAUUCAGAUUUUUUCCGUAUUUUUAUCACAUUCAGUGAUACAAAACAAUUAGUAACAAUAUGUCUCGAGAUCUCCAAUCUGACCUCUUCCUAAGGUGAACAACUAAGCUAAGACAUAACUAUAAUCUAAGUUAAAAUAAACCAAUCAUACCGGAGUAUUGUGACACGCAUAAGUCAGGAAUCACAACCACCAUGUUGUGUGUCAUCUCAACUAACUCUAAAAAAAUAACACUUAAAAAACUAAACACAGCAUUCGUAUUAAAAACUGAACUAUGGAAUACAGGUCUGCAUUCACUGACCAACCACCUAGAAAUGACCAGAGGCCAAUAGUAAAUGCAUUCAUCACAACAGAAACAAGAUGGCAACAAAAAAAAGAGGGACUGGGAGAGGGCUUUUUUUAUUAUUGGUUCAUUGUAGAUGAACUUCUUGAAACCAUACUGUGACUCUGUAUUGUUUUGUAACAAGUCUCUAAUCUGACCAACAACAGAUACUUAUACUUGUGUUUGUUAUACUUAUUUUACAUUUCUUCUAUAUAUAAGCUGCUGUAUAUAUAAAAUAAUAGGUAUUUCAUCUAAGAAAGAUUGUAUAUAUGUAUAUAUAAAUU